UCAUUUUAGGGACACUUGACAUUCAUGGAUGUGGCCAUAGAAUUCUCCCAGGAGGAGUGGAAAUGCCUGGACCCUGCACAGCAGGCUUUAUACAGGGACGUGAUGCUGGAGAACUACAGGAACCUGGUCUCCCUGGGAAUCUGUCUUCCUGACCUAAGUAUUAUCUCCAUGUUGGAGCAAAGGAGAGAGCCCUCGACUCUGCAGGGUGAAGUUAAAAUAGUAAAAAUUCAAGAUGGAAAGGAGUGUGUCAGAAAUGUGAACACAGGGAGGAGCUGUAUAUUAAGAAGCAAUGCAGGAAACAAGCGUAUUAAAAAUCAACUUGGAUUAACCCUUGAGUCCCAUCUGUCUGAAUUGCAGCUGUUUCAAGCUGCAAGGAAAAUCUAUGGAAGUAAUCAAGGUGAAAAGUUUACAAACCAUAGUUCCUCAGUUUCACCACUUCAAAAAAUUUCUUCUAGUUUCACAACACACAUUUUUAAUAAAUACAGAAACGAUUUUAUUGAUUUACCAUUACUCCCACAAGAAGACAAAGUAUACAUUAGAGGAAAAUCUUAUGAAUGUGAAGAUGGCAAAGUUUUUAGAGUGUCUGCAAGCCUUACUAACCAUCAAGUAAUCCAUACUGCAGAUAAACCUUACAAAUGUACUCAAUGUGGCAAGGUCUUUAGUCGCAAUUCACACCUUGUAGAACAUUGGAGAAUUCAUACUGGACAGAAGCCUUACAAAUGUAGUGAAUGUGACAAAGUGUUUAAUCGCAAUUCAAAUCUUGCUCGACAUCAAAGAAUUCAUACUGGAGAGAAGCCUCACAAAUGUAACGAAUGUGGCAAAGCAUUUAGAGAGUGUUCAGGACUUACUACCCAUCUUGUAAUCCAUACUGGAGAGAAACCUUAUAAGUGUAAUGAGUGUGGCAAGAACUUUAGGCACAAAUUUUCUCUCACCAACCAUCAGAGAAGUCACACUGCAGAAAAACCUUAUAAAUGUAACGAAUGCGGCAAGGUCUUUAGUCUGCUUUCAUACCUUGCACGGCAUCAAAUAAUUCAUAGUACAGAGAAGCCCUAUAAGUGUAAUGAAUGUGGAAGAGCAUUUCGCAAGCGUUCAGGCCUUAUGGCCCAUCUUCUCAUCCAUACUGGAGAGAAACCUUACAAAUGUAAUGAAUGCAACAAGGUCUUUGGGCGCAAAUUAUACCUAACCAACCAUCAGAGAAUUCAUACUGGAGAGAGACCUUACAAAUGUAAUACAUGUGGCAAGGUGUUCAAUCAAAAUCCACACCUUGCACGACAUCGGAAAAUUCACGCUGGAGAGAAUUCGCUGCGCACCUUUCAGAUGCAAUCAAUGUGACAGUCUUUUUUUUUU